AUGGGAGCUGCGAGUGUAGUUACUGGUUCAUUGCAUAGAGUUACCACUGAAUCUGUGGCUGUGACUACUGGUUCACUGCAUAGAGUUACCACUGAAGCUGUGGCUGUGAAUACUGGUUCACUGUAUGGCAUUACCAUGGGAGCUGCGAGUGUAGUUACUGGUUCAUUGCAUAGAGUUACCACUGAAUCUGUGGCUGUGACUGUGACUACUGGUUCACUGCAUAGAGUUUCCACUGGAGCUGUUGCUGUGACUACUGGUUCACUGCACGGAGUUACCACUGAAUCUGUGGUUGUAGCUACUGGUUUACUGCAUGGAGUUUCCACUAGAGAUGUGGUUGUGACUACUGGUUCACUGCAAGGAGUUACCACUGAAGCUGUAUCUGUGACUACUGGUUCACUGCAUGGAGUUGCCACAGAAGCUGUAUCUGUGACUACUGGUUCACUGCAUGGAGUUGCCACAGAAGCUGUAUCUGUGACUACUGGUUCACUGCAUGGAGUUACCACUGAAGCUGUAUCUGUGACUACUGGUUCACUGCAUGGAGUUACCACUGGAGCUGUAUCUGUGACUACUGUUUCCACUGAAGCUGUAUCUGUGACUACUGGUUCACUGCAUGGAGUUACCACUGAAUCUGUGGUUGUAGCUACUGGUUUACUGCAUGGAGUUACCACUAAAGCUGUGGCUGUGGCUGUGACUACUGGUUCACUGCAUGGAGUUACCACUGAAUCUGUGGUUGUAGCUACUGGUUUACUGCAUGGAGUUACCACUAAAGCUGUGGUUGUGACUACUGGUUCACUGCAUGGAGUUACCACUAAAGCUGUGGCUGUGACUACUGGUUCACUGCAUGGAGUUACCACUGAAGCUGUGGUUGUAGCUACUGGUUCACUGCAUGGAGUUACCACUAAAGCUGUGGCUGUGACUACUGGUUCAUUGCACGGUGUUACCACUGAAGCUGUGACUACUGGUUCAUUGCACGGUGUUACCACUGAAGCUGUGGCUGUGACUAGUGGUUCACUGCAUGGAGUUACCACUGAAGCUGUAUCUGUGACUACUGGUUCACUGCAUGGAGUUACCACUAAAGCUGUGGCUGUCACUACUGGUUCACUGCAUGGAGUUACCACUGAAUCUGUGGUUGUAGCUACUG